AUGUCUGCCAACCUGGACAAGUCUCUCGACGAUCUCGUCGGCAACCGUCGCCAGAACGCUCGUCGCCGUGGCGCUGGUCGCCGCGCUCCCGCAAAGCCUUCCGUUGGCGGUGUUAAGAAGUCUUCCAAGGCCACCAAGGCUACGGCCAAGGUCGUUCACCCCACCCCCGUUGCUCCGACUGCUUCGAGCAAGAUCAUCGUGAGCGGACUGCCUGCCGAUGUAUCUGAGGCCAAUAUCAAGGAAUACUUUGCCAAGUCUGCAGGUCCCGUCAAGAAGGUGAUGCUCACCUACAACCAGAACGGCACUAGCCGUGGCAUUGCUUCGAUCAUCUUCAGCAAGGCCGACACCGCCCUGAAGGCUGCCAAGGAGCUCAAUGGACUCCACGUUGACGGCCGUCCCAUGAAGAUCGAGGUUGUCUUCGACGCCUCCCACGCCCCGGCCGUUCCCGCCCCCAAGCCUCUGGCUGAGCGUGUUGUUCAGAAGUCUCAGCCCAAGCCCGCAACUGCUCCCAAGCCCGCUAACAACAAGGCUAAGGCUCGUGGCGGCCGUGGUGCUGCUCGUGGCGGCCGUGGCCGCAAUGCGGGCCGUGGUAAGCCCAAGACUGUGGAGGAGCUCGAUGCCGAGAUGGUCGACUACUUCAGCAACGAGAAUGCGCCCGCCCAGGGCAAUGCCCCCGUCACCGCUGCUCCUCAGGUUGCCAACGGCGAGGACACCGGCAUGGCCGAGAUCUCCUAA